AUGAGCCUGGGCCACGAGAUUGGUGCUGGAGCCGCGUGCCUGAAAUGCAAGGACAAAUGCGAGGGGUUCGAGCUGCACUUCUGGAGGUUUGUACUGCUCUCUGCUCUGUUGACCCAGCAUGGUCAGAAAAGGAGGAAAGUAAGUUUGAAAAAACUAGUUUUUACAUGUGCACCGGAUCAGUUUACAUGCAAAAACAUGUUUUUUCUAUCCGGUGCACAUGCAAAAACAUAUAUUUUCUUACUUUUCAUUUAUUGAAUUCAAUAUGAACCAGACCCAGUGUGGCCAACAACAGUGCUUGUUUUCUCUUUGCUUCACAACAGGGAAAGCCACAGCCCCCCAAAGCAUGUAGCACCUGAUUCUUGUUGUGUUUAGUACAGUUUCCAGUCCUCUGUAGAACUAAAGGGGCCUACAUUCCUUAGACUUCCUGUCUGAUUCCCUGACUUACAAUGCAGUCAUUAUCUGGACCAAUGACUCAUGAAAAUAGAUGUGUGUCCCACUGUUCCCUCACGCCAAUUAAGCCAGCAUUCCUUUUUCCCGCGUACCCAGACAAUUAUCCACACCCGGCUAGCUUUCUGGAAGACAUCACAACAGGUGCCCUGGUGCCUACUGCAGUGGCCGGUCAAUAUGGCAACACCUAACCGCCACAAUGACACACAGCCCACUGGGUACAAACUGGUUGAAUCAACGUUGUUUCAACGUAAUUUGUCACACAUUGUGAUGUGAAAUCUACGUGGAAAAUACAUUGGAUUUGCAAAAACAGUAGUUUUGAGGGUGAAAUUUCAACCACAGGAUUAUGUCAUUAUUGUAACCCAUUUUCAACAUAGACAAACCUUGUAUACAGUGGGGAAAAAAAGUAUUUAGUCAGCCACAAAUUGUGCAAGUUCUCCCACUUAAAAAGAUGAGAGAGGCCUGUAAUUUUCAUCAUAGGUACACGUCAACUAUGACAGACAAAAUGAGAUUUUUUUCCCCAGAAAAUCACAUUGUAGGAUUUUUAAUGAAUAUAUUUGCAAAUUAUGGUGGAAAAUAAGUAUUUGGUCACCUACAAACAAGCAAGAUUUCUGGCUCUCACAGACCUGUAACUUCUUCUUUAAGAGGCUCCUCUGUCCUCCACUCGUUACCUGUAUUAAUGGCACCUGUUUGAACUUGUUAUCAGUAUAAAAGACACCUGUCCACAACCUCAAACAGUCACACUCCAAACUCCACUAUGGCCAAGACCAAAGAGCUGUCAAAGGACACCAGAAACAAAAUUGGAGACCUGCACCAGGCUGGGAAGACUGAAUCUGCAAUAGGUAAGCAGCAAAUCCUGCAGUUCCCUCACGACGCCAGGACAGCGGAGUCACUCACCACCUUCCGGAGACAUUUGAAACCCCACCUCUUUAAGGAAUACCUGGGAUAGGCUAAAGUAUUCCUUCUAACCCCCCCCCCCCCCCCCCCCCCCCCCCCCAAAUUGUAAAGUGGUUAUCCCACUGGCUAUAGGGUGAACGCACCAAUUUGUGAGUCGCUCUGGCUAAGAGCGUCUGCUAAAUGACGUUAAUGUGCCCUUGAGCAAGGCACUUAACCCUAAUUGCUCCUGUAAGUCGCUCUGGUUAAGAGCGUCUGCUAAAUGACUAAAAUGUAAAUGUAAAUGUAAGCUUGGUUUGAAGAAAUCAACUGUGGGAGCAAUUAUUAGGAAAUGGAAGACAUACAAGACCACUGAUAAUCUCCCUCGAUCUGGGGCUCCACGCAAGAUCUCACCCCGUGCGGUCAAAAUGAUCACAAGAACGGUGAGCAAAAAUCCCAGAACCACACGGGGGGACCUAGUGAAUGACCUGCAGAGAGCUGGGACCAAAGUAACAAAGCCUACCAUCAGUAACACACUACGCCGCCAGGGACUCAAAUCCUGCAGUGCCAGACGUGUCCCCCUGCUUAAGCCAGUACAUGUCCAGCCCCGUCUGAAGUUUGCUAGAGUGCAUUUGGAUGAUCCAGAAGAGGAUUGGGAGAAUGUCAUAUGGUCAGAUGAAACCAAAAUAUAACUUUUUGGUAAAAACUCAACUCGUCGUGUUUGGAGGACAAAGAAUGCUGAGUUGCAUCCAAAGAACACCAUACCUACUGUGAAGCAUGGGGGUGGAAACAUCAUGCUUUGGGGCAGUUUUUCUGCAAAGGGACCAGGACGACUGAUCCGUGUAAAGGAAAGAAUGAAUGGGGCCAUGUAUCGUGAGAUUUUGAGUGAAAACCUCCUUCCAUCAGCAAGGGCAUUGAAGAUGAAACGUGGCUGGGUCUUUCAGCAUGACAAUGAUCCCAAACACACCACCCGGGCAACGAAGGAGUGGCUUCGUAAGAAGCAUUUCAAGGUCCUGGAGUGGCCUAGCCAGUCUCCAGAUCUCAACCCCAUAGAAAAUCUUUGGAGGGAGUUGAAAGUCCGUGUUACCCAGCGACAGCCCCAAAACAUCCCUGCUCUAGAGGAGAUCUGCAUGGAGGAAUGGGCCAAAAUACCAGCAACAGUGUGUGAAAACCUUGUGAAGACUUAAAGAAAACGUUUGACCUGUGUCAUUGCCAACAAAGGGUAUAUAACAAAGUAUUGAGAAACUUUUGUUAUUGACCAAAUACUUAUUUUCCACCAUAAUUUGCAAAUCAAUUCAUAAAAAAUCCUACAAUGUGAUUUUCUGGAUUUUUUUAUCUAAUUUUGUCUGUCAUAGUUGACGUGCACCUAUGAUGAAAAUUACAGGCCUCUCUCAUCUUUUUAAGUGGGAGAACUUGCACAAUUGGUGGCUGACUAAAUACUUUUUUCUCCCACUGUAAAAUAUGUUGUAUUUGUACCUUUGAAACAACAUCAGAUCUUCAACGUUAUAUCCACUAUCAGAAAAAAAGCAUAGGCUGGCUAGCAUCUUCUACAGUUAUCCAUUUGGUCUCCCAUCCAGGGUUUUAAAAAGCCCAGCCCUGCUUAGUUUUGAUAUUUAUCACUGACUACUUCCGAAUGUGCUAUCGUGAGAGUGAUUGAGAGUUAUCUUAAUAAAUAAAUAGAUUCACUGUUGCUAUUAAAGUCAUUCCAAAUGAUAGGUUUAACAGAGCAAAUUAAAUGUAACCUUUUGUAAUGUAAAGCUUUAUAAAUCAUAUAUCAUCAAUUAUGAUAUUUAGGCCUAUAUACAAGUAUUUGAUCCCCUGCUGAUUUUGUACGUUUGCCCACUGACAAAGAAAUGAUCAGUCUAUAAUUUUAAUGGUAGGUUUAUUUGAACAGUGAGAGACAGAAUAACAACAACAAAUUUCAGAAAAACGCAUGUCAAAAAUGUUAUAAAUUGAUUUACAUUUUAAUGAGGGAAAUAAGUAUUUGACCCCCUCUCAAUCAGAAAGAUUUUGGGCUCCCAGGUGUCUUUUAUACAGGUAACGAGCUGAGAUUAGGAGCACACUCUUAAAGGGAGUGCUCCUAAUCUCAGUUUGUUACCUGUAUAAAAGACACCUGUCCACAGAAGCAAUCAAUCAAUCAGGUUCCAAACUCUCCACCAUGGCCAAGACCAAAGAGCUCUACAAAGAUGUCAGGGACAAGAUUGUAGACCUACACAAGGCUGGAAUGGGCUACAAGACCAUCGCCAAGCAGCUUGGUGAGAAGGUGACAACAGUUGGUCUGAUUAUUCGCAAAUGGAAGAAACACAAAAUAACUGUCAAUCUCCCUCUGCCUGGGGCUCCAUGCAAGAUCUCACCUCGUGGAGUUGCAAUGAUCAUGAGAACGGUGAGGAAUCAGCCCAGAACUACACGGGAGGAUCUUGUCAAUGAUCUCAAGGCAGCUGGGACCAUAGUCACCAAGAAAACAAUUGGUAACACACUAUGCCGUGAAGGACUGAAAUCCUGCAGCGCCCACAAGGUCCCCCUGCUCAAGAAAGCACAUAUACAGGCCCGUCUGAAGUUUGCCAAUGAACAUCUGAAUGAUUCAGAGGAGAACUGGGUGAAAGUGUUGUGGUCAGAUGAGACCAAAAUCGAGCUCUUUGGCAUCAACUCAACUCGCCGUGUUUGGAGGAGGAGGAAUGCUGACUAUGACCCCAAGAACACCAUCCCCACCGUCAAACAUGGAGGUGGAAACAUUAUGCUUUGGGGAUCUUUUUAUGCUAAGGGGACAGGACAACCUCACCGCAUCAAAGGGACGAUGGACGGGGCCAUGUACCGUCAAAUCUUGGGUGAGAACGUCCUUCCCUCAGCCAGGGCAUUGAAAAUGGGUCGUGGAUGGGUAUUCCAGCAUGGCAUUUACCCAAAACACACGGCCAGGGCAACAAAGGAGUGGCUCAAGAAGAAGCACAUGAAGGUCCUGGAGUGGCCUAGCCAGUCUCCAGACCUUAAUCCCAUAGAAAAUCUGUGGAGGGAGCCGAAGGUUCGAGUUGCCAAACGUCAGCCUCGAAACCUUAAUGACUUGGAGAAGAUCUGCAAAGAGGAGUGGGACAAAAUGCCUCCUGAGAUGAGUGCAAACCUGGUGGCCAACGACAAGAAACGUCUGACCUCUGUGAUUGCCAACAAGGGUUUUGCCACCAAGUACUAAGUCAUGUUUUGCAGAGGGGUCAAAUACUUAUUACCCUCAUUAAAAUGCAAAUCAAAUUAUAACAUUAUUGACAUGCGUUUUUCUGGAUUUUUUUGUUGUUAUUCUGUCUCUCACUGUUUAAAUAAACCUACCAUUAAAAUUAUAGACUGAUCAUUUCUUUGUCAGUGGGCAAACGUAUGUCACGAUCGUUUAAAGACUGGUCGAACCAAGGCGCAGCGUGAUAAGCGUACAUGUUUAUUAAACGAAUAAACACACGACAAAACAACAAACAAACGAUACGUGAAGUCUUAAGGUACACACAACAAACCUAUACGGAACAUACACACCCUGACUCAACAAAUAAACGUCCCCUGAGUCAGGGCGUGACAGUACCCCCCCCCCCCCCCCAAAGGUGCGGACUCCGACCGCGCCACAUAAACAUAACAGGGUAGGGGCCGGGUGGGCAUUCCGCCUCGGAGGCGGAUCCGGCUCCGGGCGUGACCACCACUUUCUCUCCACCUCCCUGUUGCGCCCCUGGUUUGGUCUGGACCUCGGCGUGCUGCUUCCCCUCUCCUUCCUCCCACGAAGUACCAAGCCCUGUCUGGACCCUGGUGUGGGAGACCCCGAACCUGGAGAGGGGCUGACGUCUGGGUCUGGACUGGAACCGCUGACUGGAGCUGGACCCGACGACGGUGGAUCGAACUGCACAGGCUCCGGACUGGAGCUGCUGACCGGAGCUGGACUGGGCACCGGUGGAGCGGAUUGCUCUGGCUCCGGAGUGGAGCAGCUAACUGGAGCUGGAUCAGGCACCGGUGGAGCGGACUGCUCUGGCUCCGGAGUGGAGCAGCUGACCGGUGCCGGACCAGGCACCGGUGGGACAGGCACAGGCUGUGCCGGACUGGACACACGCACCACUGGUUUGGUGCGAGGAGCAGGAACAGGCCGGACCGGGCUGGCGAUGCGCACCACUGGCUUGGUGCGAGGGGCAGGAACAGGCCGGGCCGGGCUGGCGACGCGCACCACUGGCUUGGUGCGAGGGGCAGGAACAGGCCGGACCGGGCUGGCGACGCGCACCACUGGCUUGGUGCGAGGGACAGGAACAGGCCGGACCGGGCUGGAGACGCGCACCACUGGCUUGGUGCGGGGAGCAGGAACGGGCCGGGCCGGACUGGGAACACGCACCACUGGCUUGGUGCGGGGAGCAGGAACGGGCCGUACCGGACUGUGGAGGCGGACUGGAGGUCUGGAGCGGAGAGCUGACACAACCCGUCCUGGCUGGAUGCCUACUUCCACACAAUAUGUGUGAGGCAUUAGCACAGGACGUACGGGGCUGUGCACGCGUACUGGCGAUACAUUACGUAGCACCGGCGCAGGAUAUACGGGACCGAGGAGGCGUACUGGAGGCCAUGAGCGUUGAGCCGGAACACCCCGUCCUGGCUGAAUGCCCAUCUUCGCACGACACGUGCGUGGUGCCAGCACAGGACGUACAGGACUGUGCCGGAACACUCGCGGCACAGUACGUAGCUCCGCAUAACACGGAGCCUGCCCAGUCACACGCUUCCUUGCAUGAGUAUGGGGAGUUGGCUCUGCUCUAACACUAGGCUCCGCCAACCACCCUUAUAGCCCCCCCACAGAAAGAUUUGACCGUGGUUCAACUGUAAAUAUCACAGAUAGAAAGGAGCUUAGUUACCAAUAUCUUUGUUAAUACGGCUUGUUAAAUAUUUUUUUAGUUUAGUUGAUUUCAAAUGUAAUCUUCAAGUUAAUAAUUAGUAUGUUGGAUUCACGUCUCCAUCUAAACCAAAAAUCAAUGAUAAAGAAUAUGUCACGCCCUGGCUCUGGGGACUCUUAUAUGUUGAGCCAGGGUGUGGAUUUUCUAUGUUUUGUUUUCUAUGUUUUUGUUUCUAGAUCGUGUUGAUCUAUGUUGACCAGGGUGGUUCCCAAUCAGAGACAGCUGUAGCUUGUUGUCUCUGAUUGGGGACCAUACUUACGCAGCCUGUUUUCACUAGUUUAUUGUGGGAUCUUGUUCCGUAAGGUUUUGUGUAUAACCUAGGACUUCACGUAUCAUUUGGUUUAUUGUUUUGGUUCGUGUUGUGUACACAUUAAAGAAUGUACGCUUAUCACGCUGCGCCUUGGUCCGCUUCAUCUGUCGACGAUCGUGACAGAAGAUCCCACCACCAGAGGACCAAGCAGCGUGCCCAGGAGGAGAAGUUGGCGAUGUCCCAGGUCGGCGAAUGGUGGUCAUGGGAGGACAUAUUCGCGGGCAGAGGGCCAUGGGCAAAAGUAAAUGCCCAGGCAGGAGAGGAGAAACGGCGCCAACCGUGCCGACGACGGACACGCGAGAGGCAACCCCAAGAAAUGUUUUGGGGGGGGGCACACGGCAUGGACGACGGGGCUACUGGAGGCAGCUAAAGGACGAAUCAGCGGACUAGGAGAGGAGGCCACCAGGUUUGGGGGGCUGGAAGGGUGGUUGGCGGAGCCUAGAGGUAGAGCAGAGCCAACUCCCCGUACUCAGGCUAGGCAGCGUGAGACUGGGCAGGUUCCGUGUUAUGCGGAGCCACGUACUGUUCCGGUACAGUCCUGUACGUCCUGUGCUAGCACCACGCAUGUGUCGUGCUGAGGUGGGCAUGCAGCCAGGACGGAGUGUGCCGGCUCAGCGCUCGUGGCCUCCAGUACCCCUCCUCGGUCCCGGAUAUCCUGCGCCAGUGCCACGUGCUGUAGUGCCAGUACGAGUGCACAGCCCUGUACGUCCUGUGCUGAUGCCUCACACAGAUUGUGUGGAAAUAGGCAUUCAGCCAGGACGGGUUGUGUCAGCUCUCCGCUCCAGACCUCCAGUCCGUCUCCACAGUCCAGCCCGGCCUGUUCCUGUCCCUCGCACCAAACCAGUGGUGCGCGUCGCCAGCCCUGUCCGGCCUGUUCCUGUCCCUCGCACCAAACCAGUGGUGCGCGUCGCCAGCCCGUUCCGGCCCGUUCCUGCUCCCCGCACCAAGCCAGUGGUGUGCGUCGCCAGCCCGGUCCGGCCUGUUCCUGCUCCCCGCACCAAGCCAGUGGUGCGCGUCAUCAGCCCGGUCCGGCCCGUUCCUGCUCCCCGCACCAAGCCAGUGGUGCGCGUCGUCAGCCCGGUCCGGCCCGUUCCUGCUCCCCGCACCAAGCCAGUGGUGCGCGUCGUCAGUCUGGCACGGUCCGUGCCUGUUCCAGACCAGACCAGGGGCGCAACGGGGGGGUAGAGAGAGAGUGGUGGUCACGCCCGGAGCCGGAUCCGCCUCCGAGGCGGAAUGCCCACCCGGCCCCUACCCUCUUGUGUUUGUGUGGCGCGGUCGCAGUCCGCGCAUUUGGGGGGGGGGGUACUGUCACGCCCUGGCUCUGCGGACUCUUAUAUGUUGAGCCAGGGUGUGGAUUUUCUAUGUUUUAUUUUCUAUGUUUUUGUUUCUAGAUCGUGUUGAUCUAUGUUGGCCAGGGUGGUUCCCAAUCAGAGACAGCUGUAGCUCGUUGUCUCUGAUUGGGGACCAUACUUAGGCAGCCUGUUUUCACUAGUUUAUUGUGGGAUCUUGUUCCGUAAGGUUUUGUGUAUAACCUAGGACUUCACGUAUCGUUUGGUUUAUUGUUUUUGUUCGUGUUGUGUACGCAUUAAAGAAUGUACGCUUAUCACGCUGCGCCUUGGUCCGCUUCAUCUGUCGAUGAUCGUGACAGAAUAGGACUAGGCCUAUAUCAAAUCAAAUCAAAAUCAAAAUGCACUAUACAAUAAUAGGCCUAUGGUUCAAGCUCUGGUUGAUUUAAAAUGUAAUGAUAGUUAGUGAUAUUGAAUUGUGUUUUGUUGUCAACGCAACCAAAUAUCAACAUUUGAAGGAGAGGUUACUUCUACUUGGAUAGUUCCAUCUGUGCCACUGAUUUAGUCUGGCUUAAAUUCCAGUUUGUCUACAAAUUAAUAACUGUAAAAUAAUAAUACGAACUAAUGUAACAGUAUUUAUUCAACCAUAAAAUGAGUAACACAUCCAUGGCCACAUUUUGAGUUUACAUCGGUCCCUGAUUCAAAUCUUUUAAAAUAGACAGCAUCAGUCUGCGGACCCCAAACCGAUCCAAAUGUAGCAUUGGUCAGAAAAUUGAUUCAAACGUUACGAAUCGGCGGUUCAAUUUUUUUCUUCUUCUCAUAUUACUUUCUUUCUAUCUUCCAAAAAUACCAAAUAUUUUGUGACAACUGAUGCGUCCUCUCCUUCAGUGUCAAACUAAGCAUGUAACUGUGUUGACAGUCAUUGAUCUACAAAGCAUUUUGCAUGCCGAACAACCCCAGGGGAUAUCAGUAGCCUAGUCAAACUGCACAGCACCUUCAGCAUUCAAACGCUAAAAUGGCUUGAACGAUAUUAGUUGAGUGGCAACCUAUGUCAUUUGCUAGGUUAUUGUUGUCUACUGUAUGCACUGUUGAAAAUGGUGUUUUACCGGAAUAAAAGUAAGCUACCGGAGACACAACUCUCAACUGGCUAUAGGCUACCUGCUGAACAGGGCUUACAAUAGAUUUUAUUUGGAUUAUUCAAGUUCACCAUCAGCAAUAGUUUUCCUUUAUACAAUCAGUGUACAUGGUCAUAUUUAGAUAUACUGUAGAUAGACAUUGUUUUUCCAUUGGAAUUUGAUUGUGCUUUUAGAUUGUUGAAAGCAUGGUGAUAACACAUUGGGAAUUCAACAAACUUCUGUCUUUUUGAGUGUGUGAAUAAGGGUUCAAUUCUCAUUGAUCAACGUCUCAACCAAAUAUUACCUAGAUUUCCACGUUAAAAUGACGUGAUGUGUCCAUGGGUCUUCGGUCUUGUCUGUGGCAAUAAAAACGGAACUGGAAAGCUAUUCUGUGUUAUGGGGUGUCAUUUAUUUGUUUAGUACAUUUUUGUUUGGGGGGGUUACAGGUACACUAUCCAUUUCAAAUUAUACAUUUAAAAAACAAACCAAAAAAAUAAACUGUAAGAAAUACAUACAGAGUUUAAAGCUGCAAUAUUUUUGAUUAUGGAAAAUAUAUUCCACAGCUGUUUAAUAGGUACAAUGAUUCUCGACACUAUACUAUGGCAUUCUCUCAACCAGCUUAACCUGGAAUGCUUUUCCAACUGCAGGAGUUCCCACAUAUGCUGAGCACUUGUUGGCUGAUUUUCCUUCACUCUGCCGUCCGACUCAUCCCAAAGCAUCUCAAUUGGGUUGAGGUCGGGGGAUUAUUGAGGCCAGGUCAUCUGAUGCAGCACUCCAUCACGCUCCUUCUUAGUAAAAUAGCCCUUACACAGCCUGGAGGUGUGUUGGGUCAUUGUCCUGUUGAAAAACAAAUGAUAGUCCCACUAAGCCCAAACCAGAUGGGAUGGUGUAUCUGUCGAUGUGCCCUUGAGCAAGGCACUUAACCCUAAUUGCUCCUGUAAGUCGCUCUGGAUAAGAGCGUCUGCUAAAUGACAAAAAAAAAAUUAAAAAAUAAAGAAGGAAAUCACUCAGGGAUUUCACCAUGAGGGCAAUCGUGACUUUAAAACAGUUACAGAGUUGAAUGGAUGUGAUAGGAGAAAACUGAGGAUGGAUCAACGACAUUGUAGUUACUCCACAAUACUAACCUAAAUGACAGAGUGAAAAGAAGGAAGCCUGUACAGAAUAAAAAUAUUACAAAACAUGCAUCCUGUUUGCAAUAAAGCACUAACGUAAAAAUAAUAUGGCAAAGAAAUGUACUUUAUGUCCUGAAUACAAUGUGUUACGUUUGGGGAAAAUCCAACACAACACAUCACUGAGUACCACUGUAUGCAUCAUCUUAUGGGUAUGCUUGUCAUCGGCAAGGACUAAGGAUUUUUUUGGGCUAAAAAUAAACGGAAUACAGGCAAUAUCCUAGAGGAAAACCUUGUUCAGUCUGCUUUCCAACAGAUACUGGGAAACAAAUUCACCUUUCAGCAGGACAAUAACCUAAAACACAAGGCCAAAUAUACACUGGAGUUGCUUACCAAGACGACAUUGAAUGUUCCUGUGUGGCCUAGUUACAGUUUUGACUUAAACCGUCUGGAUAAUCUUUGGCUAGACUUGAAAAUAGCUGUCUAGCAAUGAUCAACAAUCAACUUGACAGAGCUUGAAGAAUUUUUUAAAUAAUAAUGUGAAAAUAUUGUACAAUCCAGUUGUGCAAAUCUCUUAGAGACUUACCCAGAAAGACCCACAGCUGUAAUCGCUGCCAAAGUUGAUUCUAACAUGUAUUGACUCAGGGGUGUGAAUAUUUAUGUAAAUGAGAUAUUUAUGUGUUUCAUUUUCAAUAAAUGUGCAAGAAAUUCUAAAAACAUGUGUUCACUUUAACAUUAUGGGGUAUUGUGUGUAGAUGGGUGAAAGAGAAAAAAUCUAUUUCAUCCAGUUUUAACCUUUAAGAGAUCGGUGUCCCGUAUACGGGACUGUUGAGCUAAAGUGCGCUAAUGUGAUUAGCAUGACUGUUGUAAGUAACAGCAAACUUUCCAGGACAUAGACAUGUCUUAUAUGGGCAGAAAGCUUACAUUCUUGUUAAUCUAACUGCACUGUCCAAUUUACAGUAGCUAUUACAGUGAAAAAAUACCAUGCUAUUGUUUGAGGAGAGUGCACAACAACAAAAAGCGUAUCACGGCAACUGGUUAUCAGAGACCAACCCUUCUGCAAAUGUCCCCCUUUUCAAACCACACACACGGACUUGUGACUGUCCCAAAAGUCAUAUAUAAUUCCCAUUCCUUCUCUUCCAUAACCACUGAUCUGAAAAGACUUGUGUAAAUUAGAGUGAAAACAAUAUGAUAGAAACGUAUCUAUCAGUAGGGCCAGUAAAAAGCCUGGGCCUUUUACUUGCUUUACACUAUAGGGCAGGGUUUCCCAAAAUCGGUCCUCGGGACCUCAAGGGGUGCACGUUUUGGUAUUUACCCUAGCACUACACAGCUCAUUCAAAUAAUCAACUACUCAUCAAGCUGUGUAGUGUUAGGGCAAAAACCAAAACCUGCACCCUUUGGGGUCCCGAGGACCGAGUUUGGGAAACGCUGCAUAGAGCCUACUGUUUUUCCUGGUCAGAUGAUCAUAAAGGAAACCUAGACAUUUGAGAGUUCUUAGACACAACCAAAAAUCUAUUCUAACCUAACCCAUUCCCUUUCCUUAUUGACUUUCCCCUCCACAGAAAAAUCUGCCGGAACUGUAAGUGUGGCCUGGCGGACCACGAUGUUCAGAUGAACUCUGAGGAUAACAGGAAGGUUGGCAAGCUGUUUGAGGACACCAAGUACACGGGUCUCGUCGCCAAGCUCAAGACAGACAGCGUCCCCACAUGCAAGGACAACCAGGUCACCUUCUCCAUCUCCGCCAGCCCCAUGUCAGCCACCACUGUACCAAACAGUCCCCACACUGUGCCAGCCAAUGCUGGCUAUGGUGCUGGGGCCAGGGCUGGGGCCGGAGCUGGGUCUGGUGCUAGGAAUGGUGCUGGGGCUGGGGCUGGGGCCGGUUAUGGGGCCAGUGCUUGGGCCAGUGCUGGGCCCGCUACCAUGCCCAAACCAGGGGCAAUCAGACCCAAUGCUGUGUCAGCCAAUGUCGUGCCAGUAAGGAAGGAUGCCGUGCCCAUGAAAUCUGUCACCUACGAGUGGGCACCACCAGGGGUCAAACAGUAUAUGGUAAGGGUAUAACUACUGUAUCAUAUAAUUAAAAUACCUAGUAAUCCCAAGAGUAGUAAAAACAGGUCUGAAUCUGGUGCUGUUCCCUUUGCUUCUGGAAGGAAUGGCAUCAUGCCAAGUCAUCAUAAUGUUCUGUACAAUGAAAUAUGAUUGAAUUAAAAUCUUGAGGUCGCCAUAUAGUAGGCUUAUGGGUCUGUAGUUGGUCUGGUUUAGUUCACUAAUCAAGGCAUUGGUGAAUCGUAAUGGAAGAUAUUGUCCUCUAGAGGUCGCCGACUUGAAGUUCUGUGCCACCAGUGCUCAUGAUCUCUUUGUAUCCCUCAACAAGCAAAUAAGUGUUAGGGAGAGGUUGUAAGAUGUCCUCUCACAGCUGGUUGCCAGCUAGUCUGUUCCUUUCUGCCUCUUUAUCUCUGUAUCUCCAUCCUUUUUGUAUUCACUCUCUCACUCUGUUUGUGCCAAUGACUAUUCCUUCCUCUUUCCUUUUUAUGUCCUCUCUGCCCCUCCUCUCAUUGUUUUCUCUCUUCUCCUGUCUCUCUCCCUCUCUUCUCCUGUCUUCCCAUCCCUUUCUUUUCUCCUCCCUUCACCUUAAUAAUGUCCUGAUAUCCUCUCGCUCUCCUCUCCACUUGGCCCUCAUCAGGCGGUCCGCUACAUUGAGCUCCUGCCCCCAGAGAGGCGUCCCAUAGCGGGCACAGAGGGUGCAGCCUACCGCCGGCAACAGAUGGCAGUGCAGCUACCGGAGCAUGACCAGGACCCGGCCAAGUGCCACGAGCUGACCCCCGCAGAGGUCAAAGAGAUGCAGCAGUUCGUCCGCAAGUACAAGGACGAGGCCCUGGGAGUGGGAGACAUCAAGCUGCCUGAGGAGAUGAUGAUGGGACAGUGUCUGGGUCAAGAGAGAGGUCCAGGACAGAGAGCACCAGGGAUGGGAGAAACAGUGAUGGGAGAACCAGAGAUGGGAGCACCAGGGAUGGCAGAACACCAAGGGAUGGCAAGAGCCCCAGGUCGUGGGUCAAGUAUUGGCUAUGGGUCUGCCCUGGCUGAUGGCCCUAGGGCUGGAGUUAGGCCUGGGGCUGGGGGAGCCUUUGGGCCUGGCCGUCGGUCUAGACCCGGGGCUGGGGGUGCACUCGGGCCAGCAGGACCAGUUCAGCCUAGGAUGGGGGCUAAGGGUUACCCUGGGGCAGGAAAGGGUGCACCAGAAGACAUGGGUACUGCUGCAACUGCUACCGCUGGGGAAAUGGGCACUCCGGGAGCCCCUGGAGCUUACCUGGCUGGGCCCUAUGGACAGUACGUAAGUGAGAGUGAGUGAGUGAGUGAGUGAGUAUUGUAAUAGCACUGGAUAGGUUUAAUCAAUGUGACACCCACCUAGGGCUGGACCGGUUUGGGUUUUUACGUUACCUUUCAAUGUUUGGUUUGUUAAAUAAGAUGCGCAACUCUGGCGCGUGUAAUGUCAGUUUUUAUAGUUUACUCCAUUUGUUACUUGCAAAAUGUACUCCGAUUUUGUUUUUGGGGGUUCAAUGCAUUUAUUGCUUUGAAAUGUCUUCCAGAAACAUUUGUUUUUUUACAUGGCAUAUACAGUGCAUUCGGAAAGUAUUCAAACCCCUUCACGUUUUCCACAUUUUGUAACGUUACAGCUUUAUUCUAAAAUUGAUUAAAUUGUUUUUUUCCCUCAUCAAUCUACACACAAUACCCUAUAAUGACAAAUGUUUGCAAAUUUGUUCAAUACUAAGUAUUCAGACCCUUUGCUAUGAGACUCGAAAUUGAGCUCAGGUGCACCCUGUUUCCAUUGAUCACCCUUGAUGUUUCUACAACUUCAUUGGAGUCCACCUGUGGUAAAUUAAAUUGAUUGGACAUGAUUUGGAAAGGCACACACCUGUAUACAGUGGGGGGGAAAAGUAUUUAGUCAGCCACCAAUUGUGCAAGUUCUCCCACUUAAAAAGAUGAGAGAGGCCUGUAACUUUCAUCAUAGGUACACGUCAACUAUGACAGACAAAAUGAGAAAAAAUAAUCCAGAAAAUCACAUUGUAGGAUUUUUAAUGAAUUUAUUUGCAAAUUAUGGUGGAAAAUAAGUAUUUGGUCAAUAACAAAAGUUUCUCAAUACUUUGUUAUAUACCCUUUGUUGGCAAUGACACAGGUCAAACGUUUUCUGUAAGUCUUAACCAGGUUUUCACACACUGUUUCUGGUAUUUUGGCCCAUUCCUCCAUGCAGAUCUCCUCUAAAGCAGUGAUGUUUUGGGGCUGUCGCUGGGCAACACGGACAUUCAACUCCCUCCAAAGAUUUUCUAUGGGGUUGAGAUCUAGAGACUGGCUAGGCCACUCCAGGACCUUGAAAUGCUUCUUACGAAGCCACUCCUUCGUUGCCCGGGCAGUGUGUUUGGGAUCAUUGUCAUGCUGAAAGACCCAGCCACGUUUCAUCUUCAAUGCCCUUGCUGAUGGAAGGAGGUUUUCACUCAAAAUCUCACGAUACAUGGCCCCAUUCAUUCUUUCCUUUACACGGAUCAGUCGUCCUGGUCCCUUUGCAGAAAAACAGCCCCAAAGCAUGAUGUUUCCACCCCCAUGCUUCACAGUAGGUAUGGUGUUAUUUGGAUGCAACUCAGCAUUCUUUGUCCUCCAAACACGACGUGUUGAGUUUUUACCAAAAAGUUAUAUUUUGGUUUCAUCUGACCAUAUGACAUUCUCCCAAUCCUCUUCUGGAUCAUACAAAUGCACUCUAGCAAACUUCAGACGGGCCUGGACAUGUACUGGCUUAAGCAGGGGGACACGUCUGGCACUGCAGGAUUUGAGUCCCUGGCGGCGUAGUGUGUUACUGAUGGUAGGCUUUGUUACUUUGGUCCCAGCUCUCUGCAGGUCAUUCACUAGGUCCCCCCGUGUGGUUCUGGGAUUUUUGCUCACCGUUCUUGUGAUCAUUUUGACCCCACGGGGUGAGAUCUUGCGUGGAGCCCCAGAUCGAGGGAGAUUAUCAGUGGUCUUGUAUGUCUUCCAUCUCCUAAUAAUUGCUCCCACAGUUGAUUUCUUCAAACCAAGCUGCUUACCUAUUGCAGAUUCAGUCUUCCCAGCCUGGUGCAGGUCUACAAUUUUGUUUCUGGUGUCCUUUGACAGCUCUUUGGUCUUGGCCAUAGUGAGGUUUGGAGUGUGACUGUUUGAGGUUGUGGACAGGUGUCUUUUAUACUGAUAACAAGUUCAAACAGGUGCCAUUAAUACAGGUAAUGAGUGGAGGACAGAGGAGCCUCUUAAAGAAGAAGUUACAGGUCUGUGAGAGCCAGACAUCUUGCUUGUUUGUAGGUGACCAAAUACUUAUUUUCCACCAUAAUUUGCAAAUAAAUUCAUAAAAAAAUCCUACAAUGUGAUUUUCUGGAGAAAAAAAAUCUCAAUAUGUCUGUCAUAGUUGACGUGUACCUAUGAUGAAAAUUACAGGCCUCUCUCAUCUUUUUAAGUGGGAGAACUUUCACAAUUGGUGGCUGACUAAAUACUUUUUUCCCCCACUGUAUAUAAGGUCCCACAGUUGACAGUGCAUGUCAGAGCAAAAACCAAGCCUUGAGGUCAAAGGAAUUGUCCGUAGAGGUCCGAGACAGUAUUGUGUCGAGGCACAGAUCUGUGGAAGGCUACCAAAAAAUGUCUACGGUGGCCUCUAUCAUUCUUAAAUGGAAGAAGUUUAGAACCACCAAGACUCUUCCUAGAGCUGGCCGUCCAGCCAAACUGAGCAAUCGGGGGAGAAGGGCCUUGGUUAGGGAGGUGACCAAGAACCCGAUGGUCACUCUGACAGAGCUCCAGAGUUCCUCCGUGGAAAUGGGAGAACCUUCUAGAAGGAUAACCAUCUGUGCAGCACUCCACCAAUCAGGCCUAUAUGGUAGAGUGGCCAGACAGAAGCCACUUCUCAGUAAAAAGCACAUGACAGCCCGCUUGGAGUUUGCCAAAAGGCCCCUAAAGGACUCUCAGACCAUGAGAAACAAGAUUCUCUGGUCUGAUGAAACCAAGAUUGAACUCUUUGGCCUGAAUGCCAAGCGUCACGUCUGGAGGAAACCUGGCAACACCCCUAUGGUGAAGCAUGGUGGUGGCAGCAUCAUGCUGUGGGGAUGUUUUUCAGCAGCAGGGACUGGGAGACUAGUCAGAAUCGAGGGAAAAAUGAACAGAGUAAAGUACAGAGAGAUCCUUGAUGAAAACCUGCUCCAGAGUGCUCAGGACCUCAGACUGGGGCAAAGGUUCACCUUCCAACAGGACAACGACCCUAAGCACACAGCCAAGAUAACGCAGGAGUGGCUUCGGGACAAGUCUCUGAAUGUCCAUGAGUGGCCCUGCCAGAGCCCGGACUUGAACCCGAUCGAACAUCUCUGGAGAGACCUAAAAAUAGCUGUGCAGCGACGCUCCCCAUCCAACCUGACAGAGAUUGAGAGGAUAAGCAGGGAAGAAUGGGAGAAACUCCCCAAAUACAGGUGUGCCAAGCUUGUAGCAUCAUAUCUAAGAAGACUCGAGGCUGUAAUAGCUGCCAAAGAUGUUUCAAGAAAGUACUGAGUAAAGGGUCUGAAUUCUUACAGUACCAGUCAAAAGUUUGGACACACCUACUCAUUCCAGGGUUUUUCUUUAUUUUUACUAUUUUUUACAUUGUAGAAUAAUAGUGAAGACAUCAACACUAUGAAAUAACACAUAUGGAAUCAUGUAGUAACCAUAAAAGUAUAUAUUUGAUAUUCUUCAAAGUAGCCACCCUUUGCCUUGAUGAGAGCUUUGCACACUCGUGGCAUUCUCUCAACCAGCUUCAUGAGGUAGUCACCUGGAAUGCAUUUCAAUUAACAGGUGUGCCUAGUUUAAAGUUAAUUUGUGGAAUGCGUUUGAGCCAUUCAGUUGUGUUGUGACAAUGUAGGGGUUGUAUACAUAAGAUAGCCCUAUUUGGUAAAAGACCAAGUCCAUAAUAUGACAUGAAUAGCUCAAAUAAGCAAAGAGAAACGACAGUCCAUCAUUGCUUUAAGACAUGAAGGUCAGUCAAUCCAGAAAAUUUCAAGAACUUUUAAAGUUUCUUCAAGUGCAGUCGCAAAAACCAUCAAGCGCUAUGAUGAAACUGUCUCUCAUGAGGACCGUCACAGGAAAAGAAGACCCAGAGUUACCUCUGCUGCAGAAUAUAAGUUCAUUACAGUUAACUGCACCUCAGAUUGCAGCCCAAAUAAAUAAUUCACAGAGUUCAAGUAACAGACACAUCUCAACAUCAACUGUUCAGAGGAGACUGUGUGAAUCAGGCAUUCAUGGUCGAAUUGCUGCAAAGAAACCACUACUAAAGGACACCAAUAAGAAGAAGAGACUUGCUUGUUCCAAGAAACACGCGCAAUGGACAUUAGACAUUGGAAAUCUGUCCUUUGGUCUAAUGAGUCCAAAUGUGAGAAUUUUGGUUCCAACUGCCAUGUCUUUUUGAGACGCAGAGUAGGUGAACGGAUGAUCUCCGCAUGUGUGGUUCCCACUGUGAAGCAUGGAGGAGGAGGUGUGAGGUGUAGGGGUGCUUUUCUGGUGACACUGUCUCUGAUUUAUUUAGAAUUCAAGGCACACGUAACCAGCAUGGCUACCACAGCAUUCUGCAGCAAUACGCCAUCCCAUCUGAUUUGCGGUUAAUGGGACUAUCAUUUGUUUUUCAACAGGACAAUGACCCAAAACACACCUACAGGCUGUGUACGGGCUAUUUGACCAAGAAGGAGAGUGAUGGAGUGCUUCAUCAGAUGACCUGGCCUCCACAAUCACCCGACCUCAACCCAAUUGAGAUGGUUUGGGAUGAGUUGGACUGCUGAGUGAAGGAAAAGCAGCCAAGUGCUCAGCAUAUGUGGGAACUCCUUCAAGACUGUUGGAAAAGCAUUCCAGGUGAAGCUGGUUGAGAGAAUGCCAAGAGUGUGCAAAGCUGUCAUUAAGGCAAAUGGUUGCUACUUUGAAGAAUAUAAAAUAUAAAGUAUUUAACACUUUUUUGGUUACUACAUGAUUCCAUAUGUGUUAUUUCAUAGUUUUGAUGUCUUCACUAUUAUUCUACAAUGUAGAAAAUAGUACAAAUAAAGAAAAACCCUUGAAUGAGUAGGUGUGUCCAAACAUUUGACUGGUACUGUAUGUAAAUGUCAUAUUUCAGUAAAAAAAAAAAAAACAUUUGCAAAAAAUUCUGAAAACCUGUUUUUGCUUUGUCAUUAUGGGGUAUUGUGUGUAGAUGGAUGAGGGGGAAAAAACGAUGCAAUCAAUUUUAGAAUAAGGCUGUAACGUAACAAAAUGUAGAAAAAAUCAAGGGGUCUGAAUACUUUCCGAAUGCACUGUAUGUUAAGAUGUAUUGUUAACUUGUAUUGCGACAUACACUACAUGACCAAAAGUAUGUGGACACCCCUUCAAAUUAGUGGAUUCGGCUAUUUCAGCAACACCCGUUGCUGACAGUUGUAUAAAGUUGAACACACCGCCAUCCAAUCUCCAUAGACAAACAUUGGCAGUAGAAUGGCCCGUGCUGAAGAGCUCAGUGACUUUCAAUGUGGCACCUUCAUAGGAUGCCACCUUUCCAACAAGUCAGGUCGUCUAAUUUCUGCCCUGGUCAACUGUAAGUGCUGUUAUUGUGAAGUGGAAACGUCUAGGAGCAACAACGGCUCAGUCGCGAAGUGGUAGGCCACACAUGCUCACAGAAGGGGACCGCCGAGUGCUGAAGCGCGUAGCGUGUAAAAAUCGUCUGUCCUCGGUUGCAACACUCACUACAGAGUUCCAAACUGCUUCUGGAAGCAAUGUCAGCACAAUAACUGUUAGUUGGGAGCUUCGUGAAAUGGGUUUCCAUGGCCGAGCAGCCGCACACAAGUCUAAGAUCACCAAUGCGCGAUUGCCAAGCGUCGGCUGGAGUGGUGUAAAGCUCGCCUCCAUUGGACUCUGGAGCAGUGGAAACACAUUCUCUGGAGUGAUGAAUCACGCUUCACUAUCUGGCAGUCAGACAGACAAAUCUGGGUUUGACGGAUGCCAGAAGAAUGCUACCUUCCCGAAUGCAUAGUGCCAACUGUAAAGUGUGGUGGAGGAGGAAUAAUUGUCUGGGGCUGUUUUUCAUGAUUUGGCCUAGGCUCCUUAGUUUCAGUGAAGGGAAAUCUUAACACUACAGCAUACAAUACAAUGACGUUCUAGACAACUUUUUGCUUCCAACUUUGUGGCAACAGUUUGGAGAAGGCCCUUUCCUGUUUCAGCAUGACAAUGCCCCCAUGCAGAAAGCGAGGUCCAUACAGAAAUUGUUUGUCGAGAUCGGUGUGGAAGAACUUGACUGGCCUGCACAGAGCCCUGACCUCAACCCCAUUGAACACCUUUGGGAUGAAUUGGAACGCAGACUGCGAGCCAGGCCUAAUCGCCCAACAUCAGUGCCCAACCUCACUAAUGCUCUUGUGUCUGAUUGGAAGCAAGUCCCCGCAGCAAUGUUCCAACAUCUAGUGAAAGCCUUCCCAGAUGAGUGGAGGCUGUUAUAGCAGCAAAGGGGGGACCAACUCCAUAUUAUUGUCCAUGAUUUUGGAAUGAGAUGGGCGGCAGGGAGCUUAGUGGUUAAGAGCGUAGUGCCAGUAACCGAAAGGUCGCUGGUUCUAAUCCCCAAGCCGACUAAGUGAAAAAUCUGUCGAUGUGCCCUUGAGCAAGGCACUUAACCCUAAUUGCUCCUAUAAGUCGCUCUGGAUAAGAGCGUCUGCUAAAUGACUAAAAUGUAAAUGUUCAACGAGCACGUGUUCACAUACUUUUGGCCAUGUAGUGUAUUUGCAAUGUAUGACUUUUCCAUACGGGUAGGCCAAAAUCAGCAUGUUGUUAUUAAAUCAUUAUUAAUAAUGUAGCCACCCUAGGGCCAUGAACUACUCAUAAAGCAUAUUUAGAACUUGUAUUAUUCAAAAACAAAAAAUACUGUCAUAUCGUCAAAAUGUGCAAAAUAUGGUGAUAUUAUAUUUUGGCCAUAUCGCCCAGCCCUAUGCAUGAAAACUAGUAAUCUGUCAUUGAAUGACAGCAAACACUUCAAUUGAAUAAUCCCGUCCAUAGUUCCCACUCCUACUAGGAUAUAACUUUUGAAAUAUCGUCAUAAUAUAUGCGCAAACUGUUUCUACUGGGAAGCAUGCCACAUGAUUCAUUUCCAGUAGAGAACACUGUCUGGUAGUUUAGAUCUAAAACGUAAAUUCAACUGGCCACAAGAUGGAGCCAGGAGUAAAACUAUGAGUCAAUCACAUUUUGCCAGAAAGUUCUGUUCACUUUUGCAUAGUGAUUUGUUUAUCAUGGUUUUAAUUUUUUCCAUCUAACAGAGGUUUGGCACAUGCAAACUCCUGUAUGUCUGCCUCUCUAUCCAUCUCUCCCCAUAUGCAGUUAGUUAUUUCAACUGAAUGAACAUUUUGAUUUAUGGGCGUUGUUAGGCAGUGUAUAAUGGCAAUGGCAUAAAAUAACAGGAUGGGGCUAUGCUACAGAGCCAUUGUUUUUGUGAGGGCAUUGCUAAUUAAGGUAUUUUUUGAUGUAUUCCUUCUCCCCUCUCUCGCCUCCCCUCCAUCCUUCUUUUCAUCUCCUCUCCUUCCCUCUCCUCCUCCUUCCUUCCCACUCUCUCCUUCCUCCCCUCUCUUCCUCUUACCCCCCUGCCCCUCCUCCAGUCGUGCCACCAGUGCCAGCUGCCCAUGCGUCAGGGUGAGCCUGCGGUGUACGCAGAGCGUGCUGGCUACGACAAGCUGUGGCAUCCGGCCUGCUUUGUGUGCUGUACCUGCUCAGAGCUCCUGGUGGACAUGAUCUACUUCUGGAAGAAGGGACAGCUCUACUGCGGACGCCACUACGGAGACAGUGAGAAGCCCCGCUGUGGAGGCUGUGACGAGGUGAGGGAUUUGAGGGGAGGGGGAGGCAGGGAGAAGAGGGGUGGGGGAAGAAAGGAUGACACUACGGAGACAGCGAGAAGGGGGACCGUGUGACAAGGUGAGGAGGGACAGGGAAUGGGGAAGACAGGGGUAUUAAAGGAAGAGAGGUCAACAGGAGAGGAAGACUGUUAUUCACACACUUUAUGUAAAUUCAGGUGCAUAGAGAGGAAAAAACUGCAAUUUUAACAAAAAUAGAUGUACUGUAUGGGAGAGUGGGGUAAGUUGAGCCAAAGGAGUUGAGCCACCCUUGUUUCUAGGAAACCAUACACACAAUUCUUAAUUUGACUAAAUUAUGGAGUCUGUGAAGGAAGAAACCACUUGGAAAAAGUGGUAAGCAAGUAUUUUUGUUAUAUAAUAUAUAUAUAUAGUUAUAUUUUCACCAAGUCAAAUUAAUGUAUUGUGUUAGAGGUUUCAUGAUUCUUGUAUCUAAACCAAAAUAGAUUGUUUUAAGAUUGUUCUAUACAUCAGUUGGGGUCUCUAUAAGCUUCAAUAUGAGGUCCUAAACCUAGCAUGAAAGUGCAUCCUUGUAGCUGUGUGGGCUAAUAUAGUCAAAAUGUUUACCUUUGGAUAAGUUGGGCCAAUGGCCAUGGGGUAUGCUGAGCAAAUGGUUGAGCCAAUGGCAAGUUGAGCAAAUUGAAGUGUUUUCUUCCCAAGUGUAGUGCAAGGCAUUAUCGCUGGGAGAUGAUGUAAAGACUGGGCCUGGUCUAUGUUAAAAGUGUUUUAAAAAGUACAAACUGUUUGUUAGGGGUUAAGCCUGUGAUAAAAUAUACUUAAAGUGAUUAAAAGACGAAAAGCGAUUUUGAUUGUGUUCAAUUUUGUUUGAGAAAUAAAGAUAGACAUGGUUUUAAAAAGGUAGUGGUAAUAUUUCAUUCAAUACAGAAAUGUGUAGGCGGCUUAACUUACCCUGUCCCGGGGCUCAACCUACCCCAUACCCGGGGUAAGUUGUGCCAAGAGACCACUUUUUUUGGACAAGCUAUGUUUUCAAAACUGUAAUGUUUACAUGAAUUCUGAUUAUCUCCAGGGAUACACAGCAUCCUGAAAUAUAUGUAGAUAUCUUUGUUUGAAAGAAUAAUAUUUUUCCCUUGACAGAGUGAUGCAGAAUGUUUAAAAAAAAAAACUCAACCUGCCCCACUCUCCCCUACUCUAUUACUCUGGGUUUCUUUAUUGCUCUUCAAUGUGUUGAAUUAACUGUCUACUGUAUCAUGUUUUGUGUGUCUCUACAGCUGAUCUUCAGUAAUGAGUACACACAGGCCGAGGACCAGAACUGGCACCUGAAACACUUCUGCUGCUUCAACUGUGACUGUGUUCUGGCUGGAGAGACCUACGUUAUGGAGAACAACAAGCCUGUCUGCAAGCCCUGCUACAUGAAGAGCCACGCAGUGGUAAGGACAAAGAGGGAGAGUGUAUGUGUGUGUGUCAAAUCAAAUCAAAGUUUAUUGGUUGUGCACACAGAUUUGAAGAUGUUAUCGCAGGUGCAGCGAAGAGCGUAUGUUUCUAGCUCCAACAGUGCAGUAAUAUUUAGCAAUACAAUAACAAUACACACAUAAUCCAAAAAGUAAAAAAAUAUAUCAGAAAUAUCAGAACGAGCAAUGUCAGAGUCCGGAAUAUAAAUGUAUACAUGGAGUAUACAAAACAUUCUCUUUCCAUGACAUAGACUGACCAGGUGAAUCCAGGUGAAAGCUAUGAUCCCUUAUUGAUGUCACUUGUCUCUAUAUACAUGGGACAGCAGUCUCGAAGCUGCCUGGCGGUAGCCGGCUAGUGACAGUGUCUAAGGUGCUGGGCAGAGUACCGGCAGGUGGCCGUCUAGUGAUGGCUGUUCAACAGUCUGAUAGCCUGGAAAUAGAAGCUGUUUUUCAGUCUCUUUUCGGUACACAUGUACUGCCCCCGGUGAUGCUUUGGGCUGACCGGUUGCUGUCGGUGCAGUUGCCUUACCAGGCGGUGAUGCAGCCCGGCAGAAUGCUCUCGAUGGUGCAUCUGUAGAAGUUUGUGAGGGUCUUGGGGGCCAAGAGGCGCUGUUGUGCCUUCUUCACCACGGUGUCGGUCUGGUGGGACCAUUUCAGGUCCUUGGGGAUGUGAACACCAAGGAAAUUGAAGUGUUUGACCCCCUCCACUGCGGCUGCAUCGAUAUGGAUGGGCUUGUGUUCUCUAUGCUGUCUCCUGUAGUCCCAAUCAGCUCCUUCAUUUUGUUGACAUUGAGGGAGAGGUUAUUUCCCCAGCACCACUCCUCUCUGUAGGUUGUCUCGUUGUUGUUGGUGAUCAGGCAAACUUGAUGAUAGAGUUGGUGCGAAGCCACACGGUCAUGGGCGAACAGGGAGUAAAGGAGGGGGCUAAGCACACACCCCUGGGGGCCCCAGUGUUGAGGAUCAGCGUGGCAGAGGUGUUGUUGCCUACCCUCACCACCUGGGGGCAACCCGUCAGGAAGUCUAGGACCCAGUUGCACAGGGAGGGGUUCAGUCCCAGGGCCUUGAACUUAGUGAUGAGCUUGGGGGGCACUAUAGUGUUAUAAGCCGAGCUGUAGUCUAUGAACAGCAUUCUCACAUAGGUAUUCCUCUAGUCCAGGUGGGAUAGGGCAUUGUGCAGUGCAGUGGCUAUUCUGUGUGUACCUGCUCGUGUGUGUGUGUGUGUGUGUCUGUGUGUGUGUGUGAUAUGAUACCCUGUAGUAAAUGUGUACAAUGUAUAUUGUAUAGAUGAGAUACAACUCUCUGCUACAUACUUUUGUCUACAUUGAAUAUGUUUGUGUGAUUAAACACACAUCCCCCCUCUCUCCUCACUCUCCAGGUAUGUACGGCCUGUCAGAACCCAAUGGAGCCCGAGGCCCAGCGUGUAUCUUACGGGGAGUUCCACUGGCACGCUGAGCCCCAGUGCUUCCAGUGCUCCUGCUGUGCUAAGUGUCUCAUUGGAGAGCGCUUUAUGGCCAUACAGGGCAUGCUCUUCUGCUCUGUCGAGUGCAAGAAGAAGACCAUUACCUAA